AUGGCUCCAAGCACUUCCCACAACAGCGACAACACCACAGGCGCCGUUAUCGACAGUGAUGCCACCGUCAACAUUGACCACGUCAAUACCGAUGGCAACGCCGCUCAGCGCCUGUCCAAAGUCGUUCCACCGCACUUGCGCUCGGCAGAGGACAAGGCCGCUUUCCGAGCCUCUCUAGUUUCUAAGGACUACGAGCCAAUCAGCAAGACCCAGAAACGCUUGCAAGACAUCUACGAGAAGCAGAGACUCUCGCCCUUCCGACCAGGAGUCCACAAGAGUACCACGCCAUCAGCCAAGCAACCAACUCGAGGUGGUGGUGGCGGCACAUGCUCGACGAAGCUCCGUGAGGGAGCUCACGGCAGCAGUCAGACUAUUCGAGGCGGAAGCGGGGGAAACAAGAACACCUACGGCACUGUCAUCAACCAGGGCGACUUCAAUUACGCCAGUGGCAGCAAGUCCACAAACAACAUCAAGGUCAACAAGGGAGAUUACACCAAGCCCUCGGCUCAGAAUAUCUCUCACGCUCAAAGCGCUCCACAGAAGAAGCCUACCUUGAAUGCCCAUGGCAAGGGAAAGGACAACGGCAACGUCAGCAAGCAGAGCGCCCCACGAGGCAAGCUAAGCGAGGAAGAGAAGGACCGCCGUCGCAAGGAGGGACACUGCUUCUACUGCGACAGUACAGAGCAUCAACUAGCCGACUGCACCAGGUUGAAGGCUCAGAAGAACACCAUACUCAUUAAGAGGCCAUCUGCCCAAGGCGGGGUCGAUUCGCGAUCGUCAAGCGAUCCCAACGGCCACACGCAUACUCCAGACGGCGGCGCAGCCUGGCUGGAAUCGGAGGAGGGUGCAAAGUAUGCGCAGAAGACUCGUGCUUGGGGAGACGCCACCAAGGCUCUGGUCACUCAGGCCGAGGGUCCAAAGACCGGGGCCGGCUACGCGGAGCGCCAGCAGAAGCUCGCUGAGAUGAAGAAGAGUGAUAAGGUUGAGGAGCCACGCCAGGAGAGGAUCACAUUCAGGAAGACUACUGUGGAGACUGUGAAUGGCAAGCUCGGAGGUGUGCGCAAAGCUGUGAAAGGCCAGAAGUACGAGGCUGUGGUGGAGGUGAAGGAGGAGCUCUGA